AUGGACAUGCCACAAGAGUUCAGCCCGGGAUUGUUAUCAUUCCCCGACCAAGACUUUGACUACAGCGCUUUUCUCCAAGCAGAUGACAUAACCUUUGGCGAAAGCGCUCAAAGUCAGGUACAGUCAACUUCGGAUUCAUCAGACAAAGCAACACCGCCAAGGUCAACUUCAGGGUCCAGCAGCGAAGUCGCUGUUCGAAGACCGUCGGCUCAGAAACAAAGACUUGAGCGGAGAGGUCACACAAAGAGUAGGAGGGGGUGCUAUAACUGCAAGAGAAGACGUAUCAAGUGUCAAGAGACUCAUCCUGCAUGCGGUCAUUGUACAAAGACUGGACUCAAAUGCGAGUAUCCGUCUACGCCACAGAUCAUUCAUCAGCCACAUCAACAGAUUCCAUUGUUCAGUCUCCAGGAUAUGCGCUUCUUCCAGCACUUUCUAACACAAUGCUAUCCUCAUCAUCCUCUAAAACAAGAGGACAUCUGGACACACGAAAUACCUUGUAUUGCCCACAACAAUGAAUACCUCAUGCAUGCCAUUCUCGGCUUCUCCGCAUCCGAACUCAUGAGAAACGACCCUAGCAUCUUACCAUCAGCCAUGAACCAUCGCAUCAAAGCCAUAAGAGCCAUCAAGAAACGCCUUGCAGAAACUACCAAAUCUUCAAUGAACUAUGAAGAAGCAAAUGCCAUGGUAGCUACCUGUUUUGCCCUGACAUUUCAAUCUGUCAGCCUCGAGGACGGACUGGCCGAGUAUCUAACUUUUAUCCGGGGAAUCAUGAUUGUAGGAAUGCAGAUGAUGUUUCGGGGUAUUAAACCUAUAUUUGAGAAUAUGCUUGAACAGGAGCAGGAUUCACUGCUUGAACCUCUCAUGCAAGGUCUUCCGCUUAUCCCAAAGGGCUUUACAGAUUCUGCGAUUGAGGCUCUUACGAACCUUGGACCGUUGUGCGCAGAGGGGGUUGAGCUUGAGUACCAUCAACAUCUUGUGACAAUGGUCGAGAAGCUAUACGUCAACUCCUGGGAUGCGUACAAGGCAUACACAGCGCAAUACGGAUGGUGGAUGCUUCUCCCACACGACACAUUCCAAGCCCUUAUCGACCCGGAUAAUCAAGUCAUGCUGCUCCUCCAUACGCAUUGGAUUGCUAUUAAUGAGAUCAUAACGCCCAUCAGUGGACAGGAGCGCAACGUGUCUAACAAGUAUCCUCUUGAUCAACGAGAGGGAAAGCCGGAUCUUGACCCUGGGUUUUCGCGGUGGUUGAAGUAUCUUAAUCGGAGCAUUGAUACAGAACACCAGGUUUAUAACCAGUGGCCAAUGUGGGUAGAGGAGCAGCUUGAUGGUGAUAUGACUUUCUUUGGAAGAGUUGCAUGA